UAAAUUAUUAGUAGUACGAACUUCAAAUCUGGCAAUAUGCCCUUUGAUCAUUACAAAACCAGAUGUUUACGUGAAGAAGAAAUAAUCUGAAUAAAAUUUCAUGCCUCUUUGAGUCAUCGAAGUUGUUUAAAUUGUAUUAAUUGUUUUCAUUUUCUUUUCUGAUUCUACUACACACUGACCAGCUAUUUAUUUUUAAGGCAUCUUAAAGAUUUCAGUGGCCAAAAUGUCUGGUUUUGAUGCUAAUCCGUUUGCAGACCCUUUUAAUAGCAGUCCCUUUUCGGAUCCUGCAGUUACCAGUGUUACUAAUCAAACAAAUAAUUCUCAAGCUGGUCUAGAUGAUUACAACCCAUUUGCUGAUCAACAAAGAUCUCAACAAAAUAAAACAUCCACAGGAACAUUGCCUCAGUAUAAUACUUCUCAAAUAAAGCCUGAAUCUUCACAGCCAGCUGUAAUGCAACCAAUUUCUGAACCACCUCCUGCAUACAGUCCAACUGCUGCUCAACCACUAAUAUCAGCUGAGCUACAAAGAAAAGAAGAGGAGUUACGAAAAAAAGAAGCUGAGCUUCAAGCUAAAGAAGAAGCUCUGAGGGCUGGUACAUUUGAUGCAAGAGCAAAUAAUUGGCCACCAUUGCCAGAGUCAUUUUGUGUUGGACCCUGCUUUUAUCAAGAUAUUGCAGUUGAUAUCCCUCUGGAAUUUCAAAAGCUUGUGAAAACAAUGUAUUAUUUAUGGAUGUAUUAUGCUUGUGUAUUGUGUUUAAACAUGCUGGCUGCUUUAGCUCUAUUGAUAGCAGGUGCUGGAUCUGCUACUUUAUUUGGAUUUGCCUUGUUGGCUUUUCUUCUCUUUACACCAUUGUCAUUUGUUUGCUGGUUCAGACCUCUUUACAAAGCUUUCAGGUCAGACAGCUCCUUUAACUUUAUGGUAUUUUUCUUCAUUUUCUUCUUUCAAUUCAUUCUGUCUCUUGUCUAUGCCAUUGGAAUUGAAGAUUUCGGGUCAUGUGGAUUCAUUAUAGGAUUGAAGGCUAUUGGUACAAGUCCUGUAGCUGGUACCCUAGCUUUACUAUUGGCUAUUAUGCAUUCGAUAUUUGCAGGAGCAUCAUUUUUUCUUCUAUUAAAGAUUCAUCGAAUCUAUCGGGGCACUGAACACAGCUUUGCUAAAGCUCAAGAAGAAUUUACUACUGGAGUUCUCAGAAACCCUCAUGUGCAGAAUGCUGCUGCUGGGGCUGUGGCUGGAGCUGCUCGGCAAGCUAUGAAUCAACCUUUUAGUGGUAAUCGAUACUAGCAAAGUCGGAACCCAUGACAGUAUGACACAUUUUGAAAACAAAACUAAGUCCAAGCAGUGGAUACAACAUACAGUCAAAAAAGAGGGAAAAAUUCAGUGGGAUGACAAGUUAUAAUAAACAUCUAUUUUAUCUGCUGUAAAUCUUAGUUGCAUUUGUUCUGUAAAUACUUAAUUUUCUAUUUCAUUGUGAUUGAUGCAGCUUUGCAACCCUUCAGAUGGACUGAAAUCAAUGCUGCUAUGAUUUAAGUUUAACACGAGAUUUCUAAUAAGUCAUCCAGCUUUGCUAUUUUUAUUUUCGAUUGAAGUCUUUUGUGUUAUGUUUAUGUGAAAUAAAAAGUAUACACUUGCAUAUUUUUUUUUCAUUAUCAAUUAAAAUAUCUUCAAGAAACUAUGCAUGAUUUGAGAGUGGGAUAUUUUCUCCUACUGAUUAGUUAGAAAUAUUUCAAUGUAUUCUAAAGAAAUAUAAUCUUAUAAAAAAACUCUAGUUUCUCUUUACUAUAAUUUUCUCACAAUUAUUAAGUAAAAAAUUACUAUGAUUUAAGUGAAGAAUAAUAUUUCUCAUCAAUGGAUAUUGGCAGGUUAUGAAUUAUUCAAGUUAAAGCCUUAUAAAAAUUAAUCCACUUAUAUUUUCGUCAUUUAUAUUUCUCUCUUUGAUUAAAUAAAAAAAUUACUAUGCAUGAUAUUAAUGAAUAAUGGUUGAUUAUAAAUUGUCUAUUAUUCAAGAUAAAUUCUUAUGAAAAUUAGAAUCUUAUAAAUAUGAGUUGUUUAUUUAUAAUUUAAAGCUCUCACUGAUUAAAUGAAAGAAAUCACUAUGCAUGAUUUGGAUAAGAAAUAUUAUUUAUCAUCAAAAAAUAUUAGCUUGUUACAAACAUAAUAAGUAUUCAUGUUGGAUACUUAUAAAAAUAAGUCUAGAUUAUUUUUACUAUUAAGAUCAUUAUUAAUUCAAUAAAAUAAAAAAAUAUGCAUGAUUUGGGAAAGAUAAUGAUCCCUCUUUGAUUCAUUAAAAAAUUAUGUUUGGUAUGGGGUAUUAUUUUUUUCCAAUGAUAUUUGUUAAAUGUUUACAAAUAAUUUAUGUUGGAAUAUAAUAAUAUAUAUUUUUAACCAUUGAAAAUACUUUUUUAUGAUAUGUAUUGAUUGUUAUCCACCCGUUUUUCCAGCAUUUUACUGCACAAAAUAUAAGUAUAUAUUAGUAAUGCAUAACUUGAUAUGAGUCAUUUUAUUAGUAGGUGGUAGAAAAUUUAAAAGAUUGUGGAUUCAAAAUAUUUUUGCCCCACUUGUUGAAGUGUGUAUUUUUGUAAAUGUCAAUGACGUUGCUGCUUCUAAUAUAACUUAAACCCUCAAUUUAUUCUCAAUAUUUGUAUAUAAAAAAUUUUCCAUCCAUUCUAAUUUGAAUGUCUACUUUCUAACUUAUGCUUUCUAUAUUAGCAAAAAUAGAUUGCACUAUUAUUCCUUUUCAUGAAGAUCCUUCAAAAGUAUUUAGAUUAUAUCUUUUUAAAAUAAAAUUUUUAAAAAAAUGAACUAAUUUUAAAAAUUUAUAGUUUAUUUAGUAAUUUUAGAUGAUAAUGUAACUUUCAGUAUAAUUUUUUUUUUAAUAUCUCAUUCCUGAAUGAUUUUAAAUAGCCCCUUUAUGCUCUAAAAAUCAAAAGUCUUGAUUGUAAAGUAUAGACAUUGAAUUAUUUAACUAAUGUAUCCUCUCACACGUUUAAAAAAUGUUCCUUUUGAGGCUCAUCUCUCCAUGUUUGAUUAUGUAAAUGGAAUUCGUGUUCUAUUUGUUAUGAGCUUUUUAUGUAUAUGUUGAUAUUAGUUAGAAUUAAAUAAAAUUUAUGAUAAAAAUUGA